AGUAUCAUCAUUUUACAAUACAUUUCAGUUGUGAUGGUAUACAUUUAAAAUGGAGUAUAUUUUUUUAAUAUUGCUAUCGUACAUUGGUGUCGUAUAUUCACAGUCUUGUGUUGAUUUUAAAACUUGUGGCGAAUGUAUAGGGAAUACUCUUCAGUGUGUAUGGUGCUCUGACGAACUUCAUUCGGGAUCGAGAUGCGAGUCAAGCACCAUUGUUACGAAGUCCUGGUGCAAGGCGUCAGUAAAUCCUAAAUCAGAUUUCAAAAUAACCAAAGACGCCGCUUUUUUGAGCUCCAAAAAUCCUAAAAUAAAUGCUGUACAGUUCAAACCUCAGAACAUAACGAUCAAAGCUCGACCAGGAAAAAAAAUCCAGUUUAAAGUGUCUUACAAGCCUGCAAUAGAUUAUCCUAUAGAUAUUUACUAUCUGAUGGAUAAUUCCUAUACUAUGAAAGACCAUAAAGACAAAUUGACCAAUCAGGCUACAAAAAUAUACAAUGCAUUAAAAGAAUUGAGUAACAACGUAUAUUUCGGAGCUGGCAGCUUCGUUGAGAAAAUGGCGCUUCCUUAUGCAGACGAGACCCAGCAUAAUUUGAACACUUUCAUUAACCAUUUAUCACUGACCGAUAACAUUGCUAAUUUUGUAAAAGUUGUAAAAGCUGUACAACACACGGGGAACUACGACACUCCAGAAGGAGGAUUUGACGCCUUAAUGCAGGUUAUGGUGUGCGAUGAAAUCAAAUGGAGAAAAGAAGCUAGGCGUCUCAUCAUUUAUUCUACUGACUCCACUUACCACAGUGCAGGAGACGGUAAAAUGGUGGGCGCUUACAAACCAAAUGACAUGAAAUGUCAUGUCAUAGACGGUAGUUACGAUAAAAAUGCAUCGUUAACAUAUGACUACCCAUCUGUAAGUCAGAUUAAUAAGAUAGCUAGUGAAAAGGGCAUUACUAUAUUUUUUGCUGUGCUCAAAGAAGUUGAAACUGAGUAUAAAGCGUUGGCGCAGAAAGUUCAGGGAUCAAAAACUGUCCGUUUAAACCAGGAUACCACUGUUAACAGUGAUUCAGAUCUAGUGGCUCUUAUUACAAAAGAAUAUACGAGUCUGGUGCGAGGCCUGGAAAUGGAUCGUGGAUCAGUGCCAUCACACUUGGAACUGACAUUUGACCCACCGUGUAAUAAAACGAACAAGUGUGAAGUGGUCCAUGAUGCUCCUGUCGACAUUAGUGUUACACUUCAAGUGAAAAGAUGUCCCGGUGGCAAGAAGUACACAGAUACUCUGAUGUUUGGGCCUGUGGGGUUAUACGAGAAAUUGACAGUAGACAUUGAAGUCCAAUGUCAGUGCGACUGUGAAAAGAAAGGGAAAGGUGUUGCAAAUUCACCUAAGUGUAGUUCAAGCGGUACCUAUCAAUGUGGAGUGUGUAGUUGCAAUGACAACAGGUAUGGUGAUAUUUGCCAAUGUACUGGAAGCUCUACCGAAGAACUUGAUAUUCAGAAUUGUAAAGCAAACAGUAAUGAUACUGAAGUUUGUAGUGGACGAAGCAUUUGCAGAUGUGGAAAGUGCGAGAAAUGUUGGUCUGGAUAUUACGGUGAUAAGUGCCAACACAAGUUAGGGUGUUUGACGAAUGAAGGCAGGGUGUGUUCGAACAACGGCAACUGCUCCCUCAGCACCUGCGUAUGUUUCCCAGGCUGGAAUGGUACUGAUUGUUCCUGUGCCACCAGUACGGAUGAGUGCAUCGGAGCCAACUCUGAGGUAUGCUCUGGAAACGGGGAAUGUAAAUGCGGCGAAUGCGUUUGUACAAAACGAGAUUCGAAAAACGAAUUAUAUACUGGAAAAUAUUGUGAUUCAUGCGACACGUGUGCGGAUGACCGCUGCAAACAACUAGAAGAUUACGUUGAAUGUAAUUACAUAGAUAAAAAAUCUAUUUGCGACCGAAAGUUUGAGGUUAAGACGAAUCGCACAGUGCUAAAGUUAAAUAUGACUGAAAUGAAAGAAUCUUUGUGGUCAGACGCUAAUUGGUGCAAGAAGAAGUUAUCUGAUGACAGUAGUAUCAUUUUCAAAUAUAUUGAUGGAAGGAAUCAUACCAUGAUUUUGAUACAGAAGGAAAAGGAAAUGCCUCCUGUCGCAAAUAUUUGGAUUCCAAUAGGCAGCGCUUUGGGGUCAAUCUUGUUGAUCGGCAUCCUGACAGUGAUCGCGUGGAAGGUUCUGGUUAGCAUCCACGAUGCGCGGGAGUACCGCAAGUUCUACGAAGAAUCCAAGGCAGCGGGCUUCGAUGUCUCCACCAACCCUCUAUAUACGCCUCCAGCGGUUAGCAUCACCAACCCCGCUUACGUCGCACACCAAUGAACGAUGAAUACCAUGGAAAGCCAUGAUCUGUCCUAACGGUUAUUUAGCCUUAUUCUUAUUGUAGAGGUAAGUUUGUUCACUACCAAAGUCGAGAUGACUAGGGAGAUGUGUACCUACUGAAUUGACAGCACAAGGUUUUGCUUUGCUUUUCAUCGGUAGAUAUAUUAUGUAGGUACUUUUCAAAGUCCUUGUAAAAUAAAAUGCAAUGUCAAUGUA